UUGUUUCUUUCUUGGUUGGGAGUAAUUGAGAAAGAAACUUGUGGGGAUUGUGCCCGGAAAGAAUAUCUACAAGCUGGGCAUAUUCUAUGCCUAUUUAUUUCUGCAGACGCCAGGCUUGAUUCAGAGUUAUUGCUCAGGAAUAAUGGAAAACAAAUCCUUGAUAAAAGCAUGUCAGCUUUUUAUUAUUAUGAUGGGAUUGGGCUUGAAUUUAUGUGGGGCGAUUCAGGUGGGAUUUUACUCCAAUAGGUGUCUCAAUGCCGAGUCCGUGGUGAAAUCAACUGUGGAAGAGCACGUCCGGGCCGAUUCAACAAUGGCCGCUUCACUUCUGCGCCUUCACUACCAUGACUGCUUUGUUCAGGGGUGUGACGGGUCUGUACUCAUUUCGGGUCCGAACGCCGAGCGAAAUUCGGGGGGUCACUCAGGGUUGCGCGGGUUCGAUGUGAUAGACAGCGCAAAGGCCCGCCUCGAACGGAUUUGUCCCGGAGUCGUUUCCUGCGCCGAUAUCGUCGCCCUCGCUGCCCGAGACGCCGUGGCACUGAGUAAUGGACCACAAUACGAAGUGCCGACAGGUCGCAGAGACGGGCUUGUCUCGUCCGCCAGUGACGCAUCCAACAUGCCGGACCCGACGGACUCGGUUCAGGUUCUCCAGCGCAAAUUUUUCUCCAAAGGCCUCUCUACCAAAGACCUCGUUGUUCUCAAUGCGGCACAUACGAUUGGAACGACUGCGUGCUUCUUCUUGGAGGACCGGCUGUACAACUUUGAUCCCAACGGGAACGCGGACCCUUCAAUCAAUCCGGAGUUUCUUACUGAGCUGCAACAGACUUGCCCAAAGGAUGGGGAUGUGAAUGUGCGGGUGUCUCUGGAUAGCGGAUCCGAGCUUCAAUUUGACACACAGUUUUUAGAGAAUGUGAGAGAGGGGAAGGGCGUUCUACAGUCUGAUUCUAACCUCUAUCAGGAUUUCUCUACACGGCAAUAUAUUGAUGCCUACUUUGGCUUGUUAGGGGGAAUUCUUGGACCCUCCUUCGCGUCCGACUUUGCAGAGUCAAUGAUAAAAAUGGGGCAGGUUGGUGUUAAAAGCGGAUCGAAUGGAAAAAUCCGUCGGGUCUGCUCUGUCUUGUAACUGCUAGUGAAUUCAGAUCACAAGACCAGAAGCCUACUGUAACGUGAGAUUGCUUAGAACUGUACGCAAUGCUCAUUUGAGUUUUGGCCUGGCUUAUUCUUGUAAAGGCUUGUUUAACGAAUAAUCUUCAUGUUUAAUUUUCGUGUUUACAAUAUAUAUAUAUAUUCACAUGUUUUGAUGCA